AUGGCUAUCUCGAAUACCAAAGUUGGUAUUACUAAUCACCGGGCUUCUCCACAUGUUAAGCGCAAGUUGUGUACAGAAAAGAGGAGGAAGAAGAAGGUGUCGGACGACGAGGAGAUGAAGGAAGAUGAGAAGGCGGAAGGUGGGGAUGCUGAAGCGGCGGAGGAGGAGGAGGCGAAGAAGAAGAAGGGUGAUGAGCAGCCUGACGUGGAGGAUCUGGACGAGGAUGAGUCGGAUGAGGAGGGCGAGGGCGCAGAUAAGGAGAAGAAGAAAAAGGGGAAGAACAAGAAGAAGAAGCAGAUCAAGGAGAAGUACAUAGAUGAAGAGGAGCUGAAUAAGACGAAGCCGUUGUGGACGCGCAAUCCGGAUGACAUAAGCCAGGAGGAGUAUGGCGAAUUUUACAAGUCGCUGAGCAAUGACUGGGAGGACCAUUUGGCAGUGAAGCACUUCUCGGUUGAGGGUCAGUUGGAGUUCCGUGCCCUUCUGUUUGUGCCGAAACGGGCUCCCUUCGAUUUGUUUGAGAAUAGGAAGAAGCGCAACAACAUUAAGCUCUACGUGAGACGUGUGUUCAUAAUGGAUAAUUGCGAGGACUUGAUACCGGAGUACCUGAAUUUCAUUCGUGGUGUGGUGGACUCGGAGGACCUGCCGUUGAAUAUUAGCAGAGAGAUGCUGCAGCAGAACAAGAUAUUGAAGGUGAUUCGCAAGAACUUGGUGAAGAAGUGUUUGGAGUUGUUUGACGAGUUGGCUGAGGAUCCAGAGACGUACAAGAAGUUCUACGAGCAGUUCUCGAAGAACAUAAAGCUGGGUAUCCACGAGGACAGCACAAACCGGAAGAAGUUGGCGGAGUUCCUUCGGUACCACUCGUCGCAGAGUGGUGAGGAGAUGACGAGUCUGAAGGACUACGUGUCGAGGAUGAAGGAGAAUCAGAAGGACAUUUACUACAUUACGGGUGAGAGCAAGGAGGCCGUGGCGAACUCGGCCUUCACGGAAGUGCUGAAGAAGCGUGGCCUUGAGGUGCUGUACAUGUUGGACCCGAUAGAUGAGUACGCGGUGACUCAGCUUCGUGAGUACGAUGGUAAGAAGUUGGUGUGCGUGACGAAGGAGGGCCUGGAGCUGCCUGAAGACGAGGAGGAGAAGAAGCGGUUUGAGGAAUUGAAGGCGUCCUUCGAGCCGACGUGCAACAAGAUAAAAGACAUCCUGGGUAAUAAGGUGGAGAAGGUGACAGUGUCGAACCGCUUGACUGCGUCACCGUGUUGCAUAGUUACGUCGACAUUCGGUUGGUCGGCGAACAUGGAGCGCAUAAUGAAGGCGCAGGCGCUGCGCGACUCG